AAGGGGGAGUUCCUGGUGUUGGACCUGGGCGGCUCCAAGUGUAAAGUGCUCCAGGUGAAGGUGUCCGAGAGGAAGAGGAGGGUGGAGAUGGAGAGUGAGACCUGAACGGUAGAGGGACUGGGGUCAGUACGAUGACAACGUCUGUUGUUACACAGACGGACAUACUCUGUUUGAAAAUGGGAGUCAUUCAAACUCUCAUAGCAAGUGGUACAACAUUUAUACAACAUGAUCCUGACAGGAUUAACCGUGUCAUAUCAGUCAUAGGACAUUGAAACCUGUGGAAUCACUAUCAUUAGGUCUGUUAUUCAGGGAUUGUGUAGUAAUGCAUUACAUGUAACUGGGAUUACGUAAUCAGAUUACAUAAUGAAGUAACUGUAAUCAAGCCAGAUUACUGUAAAAAAUAUAUAUUUAAAAAAGGAAGUGUAAUUGGAUUACAGUUACAUUCUUAAAAACGGCUGAUUACAUUUAGAAUUACUUUUCUAAUAUCAAAGAUUUUGUCCGCAAGUGCUUUCCUCAAACACACUGAAAUAGCAGGUUUUUGAACAUCUUUCAAAACUAUGCUGAGCCACACUUCUUGAAAGUCACUUUUCAAUUGUAAUGUAAGCUUUUCCCUUCUGUUAUGAUUUAUUUGAAACCUAAAAAUUGCAGAACUUGCUCUCCUUGGUUGGCUUUCCACAGAGACGUUUUUUAACCUGCAAAAGAAGCACAUCACCCAGAAGAGAGAACCUAUGGGCUUCACCUUCUCUUUCCCUUGUGGACAGUCCAAAGUAGAUGAAGUAUUUAACAAUGCAGCCUAG